AUGGCUUCCCUUUCCACCAAACGUCGAAUCUAUGUGUCGUUUUGCUCUAAGAAUCCAUCACCAGCCACAAACAUGUCCAACUGGAUUGAGUGCUUCAAUCCCUCAAACAAUGCAUGGCAUCAUGUUAGCAGAGUUCCGGGACUCGUCGAAAACAAUAUUCUCAAAGGGUUUUCAAUGGUUGCCGUCGGCGGCUCAAUCUUCAUCAUCGGCGGCCGCCUUUGCAAUAAAAUGAAUGCCGCCGCCGGCAACGACGAUGUCGUUGAACUUGAUCUUGAAGUCCUCUCGUCCGUGCUACGUUACGACGUUCGCGAUGGUGCGUGGUUCAAGUGCGCGCCACUCACGACGCCGCGGUUUGAUUUUGCAUGCACCGUGUGCGGCAACAAAAUUUACGUCGCCGGCGGACAAUGCGCAUUGGGUAGCGCGAGGGGGAUAUCGUCGGCGGAGGUGUACGACCCGGUGCUGGACACGUGGGAAGCUCUGCCGAACAUGAGCACGUUGAGGUACAAAUGUGUCGGGAUGACAUGGCAAGGGAGAGUCCACGUGGUGGGAGGGUUUGCGGGGAGAGGAGAUUCGUGGGACACGAAGGAACGGAGUUCGGCUGAGGUGUACGAACCAGAUGAUGCCAGGUGGAAAGUGAUUGUGGGGAUGUGGCAACUCGAUGUGCCACCCAAUCAAAUUGUAGGGGUUGGUGGGAAGCUAUUUAGCUCCGGGGAUUGCCUGAAUUCUUGGAAGGGUCAUAUUGAGGCGUACGAUGAGGAGCUGAGCAUAUGGAAAGUUGUCGAAGGAUCAACAAACAUGUCGUUUCCGAUUUCGACGCCCACAAAUGAGCAGCGGCUUUACCUUACAAUGGCACCAAUUGGGACCGACCUUUACUUCAUGGGAGGCUAUCGAAUGCCUGCAGAGGGGGAGGUGUCGAGAAUCAAGUCGGUUGUUCACGUUUUCAAGACGACGUCGAAUGGGGGUAAAUGGAGGAGCUUUGAGCCAAUAGUAGAGGUAGAGGAAAAAGAGCUUUGUAGCCACGGCUGUGUUGUUGGUUAG